AUGCGGGAACUGCAGAAAACACAUCAAGCUCACUAUCACAGUGGCGCCUAUAUUCCUCUCGGUGACAAAGAGCCUGUCAAAGUCUGGCUGUUUCAUGUGACGACGCUAUGGAUAUUUUAUGUGGGGACGAUUUUUGAGAAAUUAGGCAUUUGCACUCAAAUCCAGUUUCUAAGAUUUAUACUUAAUUUUACACCACUUGUGAAGAAAUCAAAAAUCUCCAUUACCGAUGAAAAGUUUGAACAUGUACCAGUGAGGAUUUACCAGCCAAAAAAGCUAAAUCCUGGGCUAAAAAAAGGAGUACUCUACCUACAUGGAGGAAGUUGCGUAUUUGGAUCCAGCAAAACUUAUGAACCACUAUGUUGCCAUCUUGCUCAAGAAAGUGAUUCAGUGGUUGUACAUGUAGAGUUUCGUUUAGGUCCUGAACACCAACAUCCUGUCCAGUUGUCAGACUGCCUAGCCGCCACUCUGUAUUUUAUGAAACACGCCAAAGACUAUGGAGUAGAUCCAAAUUGCAUUCUCCUUGCUGGGGACAGCAGUGGAGGAGCACUGACUGCUGCUGUUUCUCGAGAACUGGUCAAAAAAGGGAACCAGCCAAAGAUCCGAGCACAGAUCUUGAUAUAUCCUUUCUUGCAGAUAUUGGAUCUACUGCUGCCAUCCUAUCUUCAAAACUGUCAGGGUCCUUUUUUAACCAGGAAGUUGGCUUUAACCCUUGCUUUAAAAUAUGUAAAGGUGGAAGGUGUAGACCUAGAACAAGUUGCAAGGAAUGCGCACGUUCCUGAAGACAUGAAGCUGAAAUUCAAGAAAUGGAUUAGCGCAGAUCUUAUCCCCAGAGAAUUUAAAGCCCGAGGUUAUGAACCCCCACCGCCAGCUCCAUUUUCAAAAGAACUUUAUGAAGCAACCAGACUGAAUGACGAGACACUGCUGUCACCAAUUCUUGAUGAGGAUGUCAUUAUAAAACAACUCCCUGAGACAUACAUUUUGACCUGUGAAUAUGACAUACUUCGGGACGAUGGACUGCUCUAUAAAAAACGACUAGAGGACAAUGCUGUGCCUGUAACUUGGAAACAUGUAAAAGAUGGAAUCCAUGGAUUUUUAACACUUAUUGGCACUGGAGUUUUUGAAUUUUCCUAUACAAAACCAGCAGCUGAAGACAUUGUUUCUUUUAUUAAAGGGUUAUAA